GAGGGCACUCUUAAAAUAUAUCCGUUCUUCCGGUCCAUGCUUGUGUUAGGCUGUAUACUGUAACAGAGUGAAUGAACACGUGCAUUUGUGAGCCCUGCAGUAUUUUGGUAAUAACCCAUCUUCAGAAGUUCAGUAAAGCGUAAAAGACGACAGCAUGGAAACUGAACAACAGCAGAAAAAGCAUCGAAGGAAACAGUCUGGAACCAAAGCAGAAAAGAAAAGUAAGAAAACGAAACAUGAACAGGAGCUGACAGCCAAACAGCGAAAUCCCAAGGCUUUUGCUAUUCAGUCGGUCAACAAGGCAGCAAAGCUCUUCCACAGGUCUCAAGAUGUCAAAACAAAAAAGAUACACAUUCCAUUGCCUGAUCGUUCAGUUCUUGAACCUCCUCCCAUUGUUGUUGGUAUAGUUGGGCCACCAAAAGUUGGCAAAACAACACUCCUACAUUGCAUUGUCAAGAACUUCACUAAGCAAAGGUUGAACAAUGUGCAAGGGCCAGUCACAGUAGUGUCAGGCAAACAACGUAGACUGACUCUGAUAGAAUGUUCAAAUGAUAUCACCAUGAUGAUUGACAUUGCCAAGGUUGCUGAUCUUGUACUUCUGCUUGUUGAUGCCAGCUUUGGGUUUGAAAUGGAAACCUUUGAGUUUCUAAAUAUAUGCCAGGUUCAUGGAUUUCCACGUGUUAUGGGUGUACUGACACAUCUCGAUAUGUUCAAGGACAACAAGCGCAUACGAAAAACAAAGAAGCGCUUGAAGAAUCGAUUUUGGACAGAAAUCUAUCAGGGUGCUAAACUGUUUUAUCUCUCUGGGAUGAUAAACCAGGAGUAUCAGCGUAUGGAAAUCCACAACUUGUGCCGCUUUAUAUCUGUCAUGAAAUUUCGACCUCUCACUUGGCGGUCCUCACACCCUUAUGUUCUUGCAGAUAGGGUUGAAGAUAUCACAAACCCAGAAGAAAUCCGUCAGAAUCCCAAAUGUGACAGGCGAGUGACAUUUUAUGGUUAUGUCCGAGGCAUUGCUCUCAAGAACAAACAAAGCAUUCACAUUGCAGGGGCUGGAGAUUUUAAAAUUGCUGAAGCAGAGAGCUUACCAGAUCCAUGUCCUACCCCUGAUAUGGAAAAGAGAAGAUCGCUGAACCAGAAGGAGCGAUUGCUAUAUGCUCCCAUGUCUGGUGUUGGUGGUAUCAUUUAUGACAAAGAUGCAGUUUACAUCGAUGUUGGUGGGAGCCAUUCCCAUACUGAGCAACCACAGGAAGCCUCACCAGCAAAUGAGCUCAUGUCUACACUCAAGGAAGCUAACCCAGUGGAUACCAAAAUGAAUGCAAGUCAACUGUCACUUUUCCAUAACAGCACGAAAAUAGCAAAUGAAUGCUAUGAUGAUGAGUCUGAAGAUAAAGAAAGUGAACAUAAGCUUCCGAGGGAAGAAGUCAUCCAGGAAGAGAAUGGUAGAGUGAGAAGACGCGCUGUGUUUGAUAAAAGUGAUGAUGAUGAGGAUAACAGUGAUGAUGACAAGGAUAACAGUGAUGAUGACGACAAUAAGGAAGAGAACAGCCAUGAUAGUGGCACAGAAGAGAGGGAGAGUGAAACUGAUGACGUGGAUGGUGACACCUACAAGGAUCAUGAUAAACCUCCAAAGAAGAAUCCAAAGAUUGAAAGUGAAAAACUGAUCUUUGCUGGUGAUUCUUCUUCUGAUGAUGAUGAGGAUGAUGAUGAUGGCGAUGACAAUGAAAGGAAUGAGGAGCUAGAGGAGGGGGAGAAAAUGUCAGAAAUUCCACUAUGGAAACAAAAUUUGACAGAAAAGGCAACUCUGUCAUUUAAUAAAUCACGGAGAACUAACUACCUGAAGUUAAUCUACGGACAAAGUGAUCAUGAGGAAGAAGAGGAUAGAGAAAAGGAAGAUGACCUUGGGGGUCUGUUUCGUAUGUUGAAGAGGAAGAGAGAGGCAGGAAGGGAAGAUUAUAAUAUCAAUCUUCUCGACAGCUCACGCUUCCCUACUGAAAGCUUAGACUGGGGUCAAGAGGAGGUGCGAGAGCGUAUUCGAGAUUGUUUCGAGUCAGGAACUUGGGAGAAGAGUGAAGAUGCAGCCGCUCGUUUAAAAGAAGAUGAUGAGCUGUAUGGCGAUUUUGAGGAUCUGGAGGUUGGAGAGAAACACCAGGCAAAGGAAGAUGAUGACAAAGAAGAAGUGGAAGCCAAUGAGACCGAAGGAGAGAAAAAAAGCAAAGCAGAAAUGACUGCCAUGGAAAUAAGGAUGCAGAAGAAAAGAAAAAUGAAAGAAAGUUUUGAUGAGCAUUAUGAUUCCAAGGGAGAUGAUGCCUUUUACACAGCAUGGAAGGCAGAAAUCGAAGAGCAGGCAAAGCUGAACAGGGCCGAGUUUGAAGAUCUCGGUGAAGAGAUGAGGGUAAAUUUGGAAGGGUUUCGCCCAGGACUAUAUAUUCGCAUGGAGCUUGAAAGAGUUCCAUGCGAAUUCAUAGAAUAUUUUAACCCGUCUUAUCCGGUGGUCAUUGGCGGGAUAAGCAACGUGGAAAACAAUAUUGGAUAUGUGCAGACUCGCUUCAAGAAGCAUCGCUGGUACAAAAAGACUUUAAAGACCAAGAAUCCUUUGAUUGUGUCUCUGGGCUGGCGGAGGUUUCAAACAAUACCUCUAUACAGCACGAAGGAUGACAAUAUGCGACAUAGGCUUCUAAAGUAUACACCAGAACACUUACACUGCCAUGCUUCUUUCUGGGGUCCAAUAACUCCACAAGGCAGUGGUUUCUUAGCUGUUGAAACUCUCGCUGAAGUUUCACGUGGCUUCCGAAUCGCAGGAACUGGGGUUGUGUUGGAACUUGACAAGAGCCUGCAGAUUGUUAAGAAAUUAAAACUGACAGGUUCACCCAGCACGAUCUUCCGAAAAACAGCCUUCAUCCAGGGAAUGUUCAACUCCUCCCUGGAAGUGGCGAAAUUUGAGGGGGCGACGAUAAAAACAGUCAGCGGUAUUCGGGGCCAAAUAAAGAAAGCCUUGAAAUCGCCCCCUGGUGCCUUUCGGGCUACUUUUGAAGAUCAAAUUUUGAAGAGUGACAUAGUGUUUGUAAGGACAUGGGUGCCAGUAGAAGUGCCAAGUUUCUACAACCCCGUCACAACUAUGCUGCAGAAGGACAAAUCACACUGGACUGGCAUGCGCACUUUGGGACAGCUGCGGCAUGAGCUAGGCAUUCCAGUCCCACAAUCCCAGGAUUCUUUAUACAGGCCUGCUGAAAGAAAAAGACACAAGUUUUCAAAGCUUGUGAUUCCGGAAACACUCCAGAAGGAACUGCCUUUCAAGAUCACCCCAAAGGAGUUCGCAUCCCAAACUGCUCCCAUCAAACGAAUAGCAGUAAUACGAGAACCACGAGAAUCAAAGAUUGCCAAGAUGAUGCACAUGCUAAAGACAGUCCACGAGCAUCGACAACGAACAGAGCAUGCCAAGAUGAGAGUGAGAGCUCACAAGCAUCAAAAGCAGAAGGAGUUGGAGGAGGAGAACAAGGCUAUGAAGCUGAAGAAAGCUCGUACUGAACUUUACCGGGUGCUUGGCAAAAUGGAGAGGACCAAAAAGAAGCACAAUAGAUGAUGGGGAUAGGGGUUUGGGGAUGGAAGGGAAACAGUUAUUUUUGUAAAGGAUGGGUGGGUUGAUGACAUGUUGACCAACAUCAAGAUGGACAUAAAACAAUCAGCAGAAGAUGUUUUCCUUCCACCGUUUGCCUUGGUGAAAGGAUCAGUGACAUUUCAGCUGAAAGAGAUUUCUACAGACGGAAGAAGAAUACACGGUGUCUCCACUACCCAAGCAACUCGUCCCUUAAGUGCGAGAAAUUCUGAUUUGUAGACAUAAGAAGCAGAUUUGUGUAAACAGAGAGAUUGCUGUAAACUUUUGUGUAAAUUGAAUAACACAUACAUGCAGUGCUGUCUUUACUAUAACACAGACACAAGCCCAGACACACAUCUUACAAAAUCAUUAAUGUAACUGCAGCGCAUUCCGUCUUCCCAUACCUCUGUAGAACUGGCAGGGAGACAAGCCAACAGACUUGUUCAUGUUGGAGCGGGUGCAUGUGGCUGGGUAGAGGUUGGAUGGUGUGUGCUUGUGAAGAGAGAAUUGUUGCAAGAGAUGAGGUGGAGGAUAUAAUCAGGCUUUAAGGGUUGUACUUUGUAAAGAACAUCUGCACUUGAAAUGCAAAGCACAAAAACAUUUGUGGGUGUGGAAUGUAUAUCUUGUUUUGAUAUCUUCAGGUGUCACUCUGCCUUAAGAUGUUGAAAAUAAACGAUGAAUAUUAUGCCUCGCAGGCCCAUUUCAGUUGCUGUUUUUAGUUUUACUUUCUUUGUUGACGCUGUUCAAAAGCAAUGGUUUACAUCCUCCAUUUUUCCUCUCCACUGCUCACAUGCGUUCCCAGAGGCUAAAAGCCCUUCAUGAGAUGCUGCUGAGGCUUGCUUUUUUGUUAGAAAG